CCGGAUGAAUAAACGAUCUUUACCUAAUGGACAUGUGGUUUUAAUAAGGUUGUAACGUCAAGCUAGUGAACGAUGGGAUUGAGUGAGGACGUCAGCUACAUCACCCUAUGCAAGCCCUUGCCGCUGGUGCUUCACGGCUAUGUGUGGCCUUUUGCUCUGGUGUAUGUCUCCUUGGUUUCAGUGUGGAUAGGAGGGGUGUACGGACUGGAUGAGUCUCCUGAAGUGUUCUACCUCUGUCUGGCUGCCGUAGCUGCAGUCAAUAUCAUCACCUGCUUGUUCUGUGUCUGGUCCAUGCAUGUACGGUGUGCUCUCACAUGCAAACAGGUCGGGGACAUUACAGAGGCGUCUCUAGUGAAGGUGGUGCCCACUCCUAACAAUGGCUAUCCUGAAAUGGUCUCGUUAGUCAAACAAAAACACAAAGUGACGAGAGAAGAGCAGGUGUGGUUUGUGUUUCAGAAGAUCAAGUAUAUACAGCUCGACGGACAGUUCCAGCCGGUGGAGUUCCCCGUGGCCAGACCGUAUACAGACUACCACAACUGGAGAGGCUACGAUGGACUGAUGCCAGUCUCUGCAGCUGAGCAGCGCUUUGGGAGGAACAAACUGGACAUGACUCUGCCAGAUUUCUGGGCCAUGUUUUUGGAGAGGGCAACUGCUCCGUUCUUUGUGUUCCAAGUGUUUUGUGUGGGUCUGUGGUGUCUCGAUGAGUUUUGGUAUUACAGUCUCUUUACUCUCUCCAUGUUGAUCGUCUUCGAGGUAGUCCUCGUGAAGCAGCAACAACGUAACUUGUCUGAGAUUCGCAAAAUGGGAGCUCAACCAUUCUCCAUACAGGUAUAUAGGGAGGGCAAGUGGAGCAAGAUGUCUACUGAUCAGCUGCUUCCUGGAGACCUGGUCUCAAUAGGGCGUUCCAAGACUGGUGACCUGGUACCGUGUGACAUUCUCCUCCUGAGAGGCUCCUGUAUCGUGGAUGAGGCCAUGCUCACUGGGGAGUCAGUGCCUCAAAUGAAAGAACCUCUCUCUAUCGACAACGAACGCCUGGACUUAACUAGAGACUCUCGUUUGCACAUGCUCAAUGGAGGAACAAAAAUCGUCCAACACACACCUCCAAACAAAUCGGACAAAGACGGAAUUCGACUCCCUGAGAGCGGUUGCCUAGGCUACGUACUUCGGACAGGCUUCAAUACGAACCAGGGGAAACUUUUGAGGACGAUUUUAUUCGGAGUUAAGCGAGUGACGGCAAAUAGCCUCGAAACCUUCAUGUUUAUAAUGUUCCUACUUGUCUUUGCCCUCAUGGCUUCUGGCUAUGUGUGGGUAUACGGCACCGUGAAUCCAAAGAGAAACAAAUACAAGCUUUUCCUUGAGUGUACGCUGAUUCUGACCUCAGUAGUACCCCCGGAGUUACCAAUAGAGCUGUCCCUGGCUGUUAACACAUCACUGUUGGCUCUCACCAAAGUGGGGAUAUUUUGCACUGAGCCGUUUCGUAUACCGUUUGCUGGGAAAAUUGAUGUGUGUUGUUUUGAUAAGACUGGUACUCUGACGAGUGACAACCUGGUGGUGCAGGGAGUGGCCGGUGUGGAGGGAGCUACGGCUGGUGAUAAUGAGAAGAGACCUCCUAUCAUGGCAGCUGGUGAGAGUCCAUGGGAGACCCAAUGUGUGUUGGCCUCAUGUCAGUCCCUGGCCCUGCUGGAAGGAGAGGUGGUGGGGGACCCUCUGGAGAAGGCCUGCAUCACAGCCAUCAACUGGACCAUCAACAAAGGAGAUACUGUGAGCCCUCGCAAAGGUCGUCGUACCACGCUCAAGAUCUGUCAACGUUUCCAUUUUGCCAGUGCUUUGAAGCGUAUGUCUGCUGUGUGUGCGAUGCAGUCCCCUAGUGGCUCCACUCACCUCGCCACGGUCAAGGGAGCACCAGAGGUCCUGCAGGACAUGUUUAAGAAUAUUCCCGAGGGAUAUGAGUCCCUCUACUCAAAGCUGACCCGACAAGGAGCACGUGUGCUGGCACUGGGGUAUCGUCAUAUGGGCAGUCUGUCACAGAGAGAGGUGCAUGACCUCAAGCGUGAGGAUGUGGAGAGAGAGUUGAUCUUUGCUGGUCUGGUGGUCAUCAGUUGCCCUCUGAAGGAGGACUCCAAACGAAACAUUAAGUGUCUCCACGACUCAUCACACUUUGUUGUCAUGCUAACAGGAGACAACCCCCUGACAGCUUGUCACGUUGCUAAGGAACUCAAGAUAACCACACGGAAGAUCCUCGUACUCACGCCCACUCAGGAUGGGUGGGCAUGGCAGUCUGUUGGUGGGAAUCGUACUGUUUCCAUGGAUACACAACCGGCCGAGUUAGGAAGCACUUAUGAUCUGUGUCUAGCAGGAGAAGGGCUAACUCAUUUGCUCAAGGCCGAGAACAAGCGUCUGUUCCAAUCAAUCCUCCCUUACAUCAAGGUGUUUGCUAGAGUGGCUCCCAAACAGAAAGAGAGUGUAGUCACAUCGUACAAGUCCCUCGGCUAUGUAACCCUCAUGUGUGGGGACGGGACUAAUGACGUGGGAGCACUCAAGCACGCCGAUGUGGGUGUGGCGCUACUCUCCACUGUACCUAUGGGGAAGAAGGAACCGGGGAAAUCCCCUGAGCCUUCCGAGUUGACCAGACGACCUUUGCACCCUGCUCUAAAGGCAUCCAAACCACUCACCCCUCUGCAGCUGAGAGAGAAACGAAUGAAGGAUCUGGUGACCAAGAUGAAGGAGGCGACGGAGCCUCAGCUGGUGAGGCUGGGAGACGCCUCCAUCGCCUCACCCUUCACCUCUAAACACUCCAGCAUUGCAUGCAUAUGUCAUGUGAUCAAGCAGGGCCGGUGCACUCUAGUGACCACACUACAGAUGUUCAAGAUCCUGGCUCUCAAUGCUCUUAUACUGGCCUACUCUCAGAGUGUGCUCUACCUGGAUGGCAUCAAGUUCUCUGACUUCCAGGCCACUCUCCAAGGUCUAUUACUAGCUGGUUGCUUCCUCUGCAUCUCAAGAUCAAAGCCCCUCCAAGUCCUCUCCAAGGAACGCCCUCUGCCCACCAUCUUCAACCCCUACAUGAUCCUCACCGUCCUCCUGCAGUUUGCAGUCCACUUCUCGUGUCUAGUGUACCUCGUGGGCGAGACAAAGGCCAACUAUGGGAACAGCACUGAGGAGGACGUGGACUUAGAGAAGGAGUUUGAACAGAAUGAACUCAACAGUGCCGUCUACCUUAUCUCCAUGGCAAUGCAAAUCAGCAAUUUUGCCGUCAAUUAUAAGGGCCACCCCUUCAUGGCCAGUCUAUCUGAGAACCGACCGUUGGUGGUCAGCCUCAUAGUCGCAGGCAGUGUCGUGUUUGUCAUUGCCUCAGGGAUCAUGCCAGACCUCUCAGCAACCUUUGAGAUUGUCUCAUUCACUUCAGAGUUUCGGCAAAAGUUGCUAAUGGUACUGCUGGCUGACUUCCUGUUUUCGUAUUUGUUGGACAGAUCGUUGUCUCUUGUGCUCGGAUAUUCCAAGCCCAAACUGCCAAAAUUAAUGUAGCUAAUAACUAGCUGUAGGGAAAAUUAGGUUAUAAUUUUGUUUGUUGUACCAAUUAAUUUAUUCAUUAUGUGCGGUGUGUCUCGAGAAUAAGGCGAGACAUAAAAUCUGAAA